UGGUCGCAGAGCACGCUGCGAAUGAACGAUUCAUGGCAAGCGGUGCUUCGACGGCUACCAGCGUAACGUUGACCGUUCAUUCGUAUUUUGAACCGCGACCAGUGAACACGGACAGUCGCUGCGUAUCGAGCCGUUGUGCCGGGUGGCGUGAAAUUUUGCAAUCACCAGUCUCAACCUGUGUGUCUAUGUCUGUAUGUGUGUGCGAGUGUAAGUGUGCGUGAAAGUUUUCCCAACAAGUGUUGAAAGUUGAAAAAUCAUUUCAGUAUAAAAAAUCCAAAAGUGCUUGAAAAGAAUCUGCUCCCCAAACAUCACACAGUGCAGUGCAGUGUGAAAAGAAGUGUUUCCCUUCAACCCCCCCUGCUCCUACCCUGGUGUGUGUGUGUGCCAGGGCUGAAGAGCUUUUUUCUCUGUUCGGUUGUGCUGUUCUGCAUCUUCCAGCGUCUUCCAGCUUCCAACAAGCGACGAACCGACCGCGCCAAACGAUGAAUCUUCGCGGCUGGGGUGCGGUGCAGCUUGCACUGGCGUUCGCCGUCGUGCUGGUCGGAACCAUGGUUGAAACUCUUCCACAGCCGAGCAUAAGCGUGUCGAAGGAGCAGCGCAACAAACAGGAAGCAGUGGAAAGCCCAUCCGAUGACUACGAUGACGAUUACGACGAUGAUGAGGACGUGCCGUCGCAGGAGAAACCGGAGAUCAGCGACAAUGCGCUGCUCGGGACGACGCUGCUCACCAAGGACUACAUCGAGCAGGCACGGGAAAGCGAACAGGUUACGCUGAAGUGCGACGUCAGCAAUCCGACAACUAACAACAUCAUCAUAUGGUACUACAACAACAAGCCCAUCUUUCAGCAGUUGAUCCGUCUGAUACCGGACACGCGGUAUGAGCGUGGCCCCGACUUUUCGCUAGUUAUCGACAACGUGCAGCUCACGGACGAGGGUGUUUACUCCUGCCAGCUACUGCCCAACAAUAUGACGGUUAAAAUUGAACUACAGCUGUUGACGCCGCCACGAGAUGUCCACAUCAUGCACGGUAGCAAAACCAUCAACGAUACGAUUGAGAUGCAUCAGCGCGAUCGCAAGGUAGUACUGCUAUGCUCGGCCGGAGGACAUCCGACUCCCCUCAUCACCUGGGCUUAUCGAGGACGCCAUUUGGAUGAGGAAAACAGCCGCCAGCUCGGUAUCAAGCUGCGCAAGGAGUUUUUGGAAAUCCACGAGGUGAAAUCGCAACACGCCGGAGACUACGAGUGUAUGGCCCAGAAUGGUAUUGGCAACCCGAUCAGCCAGACGGUGACUGUCGUUGUAAAAGAUGACUCAUCGGAAGAGCUGGAGGAUGAUUACAUGGAUGACGCUAAUGUAACUGCACCGCCGCUGGAGAAAGGUAGCCCAAUCAUUCACAAGCAUUCCAGCUACAUCAACACGGCGAUCGGCGAGAACGUGGAAAUGGUCUGCCUGUACGACAGCAAUCCGGAGCCACGCAAAAUCCAGUGGAUUCGAAAUGAUGAGAUCGUUCAGUCGGUACCCGCCCAGACCAUCAUCACGAACGAUCAUCACAAUCACCACAACCGUACCCGGCUCACCAUCAAGAACGUGCAGCAGAAGGACCUGCAGGCGUACUACUGCAAAAUUGAGAACGAACUAGGCGAAGCAGUAUCGAAAACGAUUCUCGGACUGACGCCGGGCGGUGCACAUCUGAUACACUCCAACUCUUCGGACGGUUUGCUGCACACGUGGUGGAAGAUUCACAGCAUUCAGCAGAUCUCCGAGAUGCUCGUGCUUUACCGAGGAGAGAAUACCAAAUACAUACCGGUGACGACCGAAAUCUCCAGCCACGACCAAAACCCGGACGGCUACACCUGGACGAUUCGCAAAUCGAUCCGACUUCCGGAGGGCGAAUGGUUCGUGACGGCCCGGGCACGCAACACCGAGGGUUGGUCCAGUGCCGAAAGUCUGCCGCACCAGUUCCAGAUCCGUGACGCGAUGGACAACAUUCAGGUGGCUUCGAUCGGUGGUUCGAGCGGAGCGCACCGGACACUUUCGGUGGGCGGGCUGGCGCUACUACUGCUGCUGGUGCUUCCCUUCGUUAAAACGCUAGCGUAUUAAUGUGCUGCAUGGCGGUGAGAGCGAGCGUGUGUGGGAAAGCGAGCGAUUGGAAAGGACACAAACACACACACACACGCACAUACGCUUUUAAAAGGUAGCAUAAAUAAGUGAAAACCGAACCAAUCCGCACGGCCAACACGGAUCACACGGAGUUAAAGUUUCAGCAGUCAGAGUCAUGAGAGCUUUGGCAACCGAUUUCAGUUCAGUUGCUGGAGGUUUGUUGGAUUUGUGGGGAAAGGGGAGAGGGGAGGGAUACUUCAUCAUGAUUUAUAAAGGUAGUGGCAAACAGGGACUAAUCCUUCAUGGCAGCGCCCCAAAACCAGCGUCGGCAAAGCUGGUGCGUGUGCGGGAAAUUGCCCCGAUUUUGCUACAUAUUCGCAGAUAGCAGGAUGGAGCAAAGUGAGUGAUACGAGUUAGCCGUUAACCGAGACCCAAGAUACGUCCAACUCAAAUUGCACAGCAUAAAGGGAUGGCCCAAAGGUAGAGCGUGUGUUAGUGUGUGUUCGUGUGUGUGUGAACGCAAAACUUCCCUCAUUCGCAAAGACAGUAAAACACAUCAUCAAUUCCCCAAUGUGAUGUGGUCAUCACCCGGUCUGGGUCGCAGUAUACACGCACGCAUGCAGUCACAGAUACGACUCGUGAACAUGAAACAACGUAUGUAGAGAUGCAAAAUCAAAGCGAUAUAGUUAUUACGGUAGGCAAUGUGAGAACGCGCGAGGAUUACAGUAGUUUAACCAAAAGAAGAAUCUUCAUAGCACAGACCCUUAACAAAUCCCCACCACCACCACCACCAACAUUCGCUGAAAUCGUUCACAAAGUAGCAAAGCAAGCAGGUCAUGCCAUUGGUGAUAAGGAUGCGCACGUAUACGUGGCAUAUAGCUGGGCCAUCGAUAGAGAGAGAGGCAGCGAGAGAAAAACGAUAAACAUGACUGCUACUGGCGUCACUGUUCACUCGUGCCCAACAUUAAACAUAAAAAUUAAACGCGUCCAGUUGCGGGUUCCCUUUUCAUGUUCCAAUGAUUUCGUUUGAAAGAGAAACGAAAUGGUUUUUUUUAUUUUAAUUGCAUUCUACCUUACUUUGCCUUUGAAAAGUUUUGUCUUUUAGAAGAAAAUUCCUUAAACCCCGAGACUGUUCCCUAGGUUAUUUUGCAAGUAAAAGUCACAACAAAGGGAGCAGUAUAAACAUGCGAAACAAAACAAAAAGGAGUUUUUAAUUGUUAUAGACAGCAAACAGUAAAUGAAAAAUGAGAAAUCAAUCUAUAACUAGAUCGAAACUUUAAACAAAAUUGUAACCAAAAUUGCCUUUGGAUGAAAACCGCUCGAUGUGUAAUGUAAAACAACAUAAAAGAGGAGAAACCCGAACAAGUAAACGCAAAAGCCACUUCUGAAAACUUAAUAGCACACAUUGCAACUAGCCAAAAUUAAACACAAAACAACGAAAAUGAAUGCAAGUGAAAAUGAGAACCUUAAGAAAACGUAUUAAAUUGAACAGAGAUUGUACAGAGCCAGAACAGAAAAUCAUUACUGCAACAGACCAAACAUACAAAGUCGGGUGUCGUAUUCCUUAAAAUCCAUUACAUAUAUAUUAUGGCUUGAUACCAUUUUUAGGUUUAGCACACUACACAUCCUUCUCUACACACAGACACACACAUACAUAGUUGGCCCCUUCCAUCCUUCCAAAUGUAAAUGUAGACCGUAAAGAAUCCGCAAAUUGGCGAAACGUUAUUUCUCUUUGAAACUCGCCAAAACACCCUCCCCAGUGUGCGUUAGUUGGUAGUGUAAUCGUUUUAAGAUGAACCUUCAUUAAUGUUCCCUUCUUCAUAUCCGUUAUUGUUUUGUCUUUAAGCUACCUUGCUACUUCAUUAUCUAUUUCUAUUUUAUUGUUCUGUUGUUUCCCCUUUUCUCUUUACUCUCUUUCAGCAAUCCUACAAACCUGCUAAACACUUAAGUUAAACUUAGUUAACCUUUAACGUAGUGCUCUAAGCUAUCGUAUAGUAUUUUGAGGACAAAGGAUCAAGUCAAAUUUGCGUAGUAGUGAAGGGAGAAAGAGAGAGAGAGACGGUUGUACUAUAGAGGAAAACUGCACACAAAAGGUGCAACAAAGAGAAACUAGAAAAGAGAAACUAGCGAAGAGAAAGGGGCGAAUGCGGAUCACAGUUUUGGCACACAGAGAAAGAACCAAACCAAACAGAAAAAAGUGCGUGUUAAACCAGACGGGUUGCCGUACUUUCUGCGUUCUAGGCUUAGAAUGAUAAGAAUCCGUUCCGUUGUUUUUUUUAUUCUUAUUUUUACUUUUAAUAAAACAACAAACACAAACAGCUGCUCCGAAGUACGGUGCUAUAUAGAGACAAACAUUUACACAAUUUUUAUCCCACACACACACACACAGACAUCAAGUUCAUGUACCAAAUGCAAUAAACACAAGAUAAAACAAUGGAUAAAAUUUAAAAUGCAUUAUAUGCUUAUAGAAAAUUACUAAAACCGUAUUAUUCGUCAAAAAAGGGUUAAAACAAAACUUGCAAAUAUGAAGAUACAAAAACAUACAUGUAGCAAAUCAUAUACCUUUUGUGUCGUAAGGGGCAAGCAGACGUAGCCCUUAAGAAACCAAACAAAAAAAACAACAACAACAACCAGAGCCUUUAUCCUAACAGCCAGAGCAGAAAUGUUCGUUUUGUUUGUUUGAAAUGUAUUGUUUGUUUUUUUCUUAUCGUUUUUGUCUACGGGCACAACCGAUUCGCCAUCUAAAUGUUAACCAAUGUAAUCAUGUUUUUACUGUGUGCAGCGCGUGUAACAGAACGGUGCAUCGCAAAACAAAUUGUGCUAUAGGUGCGUAUGAAAAGGGUUUAACAAAAAACCCUCCAAUCGGUACAUUAAAAAAAAAAAAAACUAUUUAAAUGCAGAAGUAUUUGCUAGAGACAUAUUGAUCGGUAGGUAAACAGUAAAAGCGAUAAAACAGCAAGAAAGAACCACAGAGCAAGGAAGGAAGGUAUAAAUAAAUAUGAAAAACAUACAAAACAACACAACCUUUUGAUUGGGAGAAAAAAAAAAACAAAUCAAAAUCAACACUUACACACAACUACUAAUCUAAAAUAUGAGCUAUGUUCGGUAUCAUUAAUGAAUGUUGAAUAGAAUUGGUGAACAUUAACUAGAUAUGUGCAAAAUUAACGAAAAUAAAACGCAAAAUAAACGGAGGUGCAACGGUAGCAGUUGAAGCACGAAUUUUACGCAAAAGCAGAAAAAGAAGAGCAUCGUUAGAGCAAGAGCAAUCCAUCUUCAGGCAAAGAGGUGACAAACCAAGAGAAAGGAAUGGAAAAAUAAAUGAAAAUUAUAAAUCCAAAACGUAA